AUUGAAGAUGGUGUUUAUACCGUCAAAUUGGAUGAUGGUGACUCUUUGGAUACAAAUAAUAAAGGAAGUCUCCAAAAAUCCAAAGACAUCAAUUCUCCCGCCGAUUUCGAAACGGCGGUAUCAGCCACGGAUUUUGGCCUCUUCAACAUCCUGAUGUUACUGGUUGCCCUACCAUGUGCUGCUUCCAGUGUCUUCGACACAACAACUUUGGCAUUUGUUGCUCCUGAUGCCGAAUGCGACUUGGGACUCACUUUGAUGGAUAAAGGACUCAUGAAUGCUAUUGUCUAUGUCGGUAUGAUCCUGUCUGCAUUUCUUUGGGGUUACUUGGCAGACACUUUAGGAAGGCGAAAACUGAUGGUUCUUGGUUAUCUUUUGGAUGCAGUUUGUGUUUUUGCGUCGGCUUUUAGUCAGUCCACGACUGCUUUGAUGAUUGCUAAAUUUUUUGGAGGAUUUAUUAUUUGUGGCCCAUUCGCCGUCCUGAUGUCAUAUCUAUCGGAAUUCCAUGGAGCAACUCAUAGAUCAAGAGUAGUACUUUGUGUCGGUAUGUACUUCUCUCUGGCAAAUAUCACUUUGCCAGGAAUGGCAUGGGCAAUCAUUCCCACGAGAUGGGUUUUGAUGCUGCCUAAUGGAUCAGAAUUGCACUCCUGGCAAAUAUUCCUGGCUUUCUGCUCGUUGCCAAGUUUCUUGAGCGGAAUCUUUAUGUGGAUGUUGCCUGAAAGUCCAAAAUUCUUGAUGUCUCGAGGCAGGAACGAAGAAGCUUUGGAGGUUUUCAAGAAAGUGUACAGGAUUAAUCAUUGGAAUGACAAGACUGAAUAUCCAAUAAAACAACUGGUGGAAGAAACCAAAGCCAAUGGACAAGAUGGUUCUCCCAAGCCUGAAGGAAUGGAAGCCCUUAAGGCUGGUUUCAAACAAUUCAAGCCUUUAUUCUAUGCACCACAUUUGAAAAAUUGCAUCAUCGUCUGUGCUAUACAACUUUUGGCUUUAUUGGGGUUGAAUACUUUAAGAUUGUGGUUACCCCAAAUGUUCUCCAUGAUGGAAGAGUACGAUGCAAAUCCUUCUAAAAAUGAUACAUCUUUGUGCAGCAUUUUGGGGACAACUUUGAACCAAACGAAAUAUACUCAGGAUGUUUUUGAUGUUAAUGCACCAUGCACAGUGACAACUGAAUACUCAAUGUACAUAAAUUCGACAAUUGUUGGAAUUGUUUCGUUCUGCGGAUAUUUGAUAGCUGGAGCACUUAUCAAUGCAGUCGGCAAUAGAAAUAUUUCAAUGUUUGGUUUCUUUCUGGCCGGUAGUUGCGGAAUGGCCUUAUAUUACGCCUGGACGCCGAUUAUUGCGGUGGCGCUGUCGGCGGUCUAUUGCGCCAUAUCAGGAAUUAGUACGACUGCCCUUAUUGGAAUAGUAGUUGUGUUAUUUCCAACAGAUUUAAGAACUAUGGCUGUGUCUCUGCUUAUGAUGAUCGGUCGUGUCGGUGCAGUUUUUGGAAAUGUGGUAUUUCCCCUUUUAUUGGAAUCAGGAUGCUUUGCACCGUUUUUCACGCUUGGAAUCGUCAUUUUUGUUUGCGGUCUACUUUGUUUACUGUUGCCAAAAACGAGUAAAAAACCUUUGCAAUAGGUCUUAAAAUUGAUAAAUCAA